AUGAAUACUCUAUCAGUGAGGGCUCCCUUGCGGGGUGCAGCAAGGCUGCAGUACCUGCACCUUGCUGUACGAACCUACUCGGGUGUUGCAGUAAAAACGUCCAAUCUCACAUGUGGCAAGCGCACAUCAACACUCAGCCUCACAUCUAAGCGCCCUAUCUCGUCAACCCCCAAGAACCAUAUUCAGGAUUAUUUCCCACCACCGGAAACUCCAAAUGUCAAGGAGGUAACAACGGCAUGGGUGCAUCCAGUAUACACCGAGGAGCAAAUGCGAGAUAUUCGCAUCGCCCACAGAGAAACUUCAAAUUGGUCCGACUGGGUUGCCCUAGGAACUGUACGCGUCUUCCGAUGGGGCAUGGAUACGGCGACAGGAUACAAGCAUCCUAAGCCCGGCCAGGAGUUACCGGCCAGGUUCAUAAUGACUGAGAAAAAAUGGCUGAACCGGUUUGUCUUCUUGGAAAGUGUGGCCGGUGUCCCCGGGAUGGUGGGCGGCAUGCUGCGACAUCUCCGUAGUCUUCGCAAGAUGAAGAGAGACAAUGGAUGGAUUGAAACCCUGCUCGAAGAAGCAUUCAAUGAACGGAUGCACCUCCUUACCUUCCUGAAACUGGCCGAACCAGGCUGGUUCAUGCGCGUGAUGGUCAUCGGCGCCCAAGGUGUCUUCUUCAACGGCUUCUUCCUGUCAUACCUGAUCUCUCCACGCAUCUGCCAUCGAUUUGUGGGAUACCUUGAGGAAGAGGCUGUCAUUACUUACACCCGUGCUAUUGCGGAACUAGAGGAUGGCAAGCUCCCGGAAUGGAAAGAUCUCGAUGCACCCGAGAUUGCGAUCAAAUACUGGCAGAUGCCAGAGGGUCAGCGCAAGAUGAGGGACCUGCUGAUGUAUGUCCGCGCGGACGAAGCCAAGCACCGCGAGGUUAAUCACACCCUCGCCAACCUCAAGCAGACCUAUGAUCCCAACCCCUACCAGAUUGAGUACACCGAUCCGAACGUCAAGCAUCCGACGAAGGGCAUUGAUAACCUGAAGCCAGAGGGUUGGGAUCGCAAAGAAAUCUUUGAGGUUGUAUCGAGUCAGGCGAAGCCUUGA